GGCGGGGAGGAGGAGGAAAGCACUUAACAUUUUAACAUUUUGAAGAGGUUAAUCCGAAAAAUAUUCUGACAGUUGGGAGUGCGGGGGGCCACCAGCGUGACGCGCUCUCGGGCAGUUGUGGGCAGCUGAGAGUUGAAUGUCCAUGACCCUAGACAGAUGGGUUCUGGGAAAUACCUUAAAGGGUCGCCUGGGCUUUGAUCGUCCCCAAACCGGGGUGAAAGGACCUAGGCUGUGAAGUCAAGAGAGUCCGGCAACCGUCUCAGAUCGUCUGUGGAUUUUCCACAUGAAGUUGUUUGCGCGUCACCAGAGCGAAAUGUCAAAAGAGAGAUCAAGAAUGACCCAAAAGAAUUCAAAGCUUUGUUCCAGAGCCAAUGAGUAUACCCAAGUGCCUGAUGGAGGAUGGGGCUGGGCAAUAGCUGUUGCUUUCUUCUUUGUGGAAGUCUUUACCUAUGGCAUCAUCAAGUCAUUCGGUGUCUUCUUUAAUGACUUAAUGGACAGUUUUGAUGAAUCCAACAGCAAGAUCUCAUGGAUAAUAUCAAUAUGCGUGUUUGUGUUAACAUUUACAGCACCCCUCUCCACAGUCCUGAGUAACCGCUUUGGACAUCGGCUGGUGGUAAUGGCAGGAGGACUGCUCAUCAGCACGGGAAUGGUUGCUGCCUCCUUCUCCCAAAAGGUCUACCACAUGUACAUCUCCAUCGGGGUCAUCUCGGGUUUGGGGUACUGCUUUAGCUUCCUCCCAACCGUCACCAUCCUGUCACAGUACUUUGACAAAAGGCGUUCAGUGGUCACUGCUGUGGCGUCCACAGGAGAAUGCUUUGCUGUGUUUGCUUUUGCACCAGCCAUCACAGCUCUGAAGGAGCAUAUUGGCUGGCGAUACAGCCUCCUCUUCGUGGGCCUGCUGCAGCUGAACAUCGUGGUCUGCGGCGCCUUGCUGAGACCAAUCAUUAUCAAAGGACCAGGGUCACCGAAAACAACCGCUCACGAACCCCGGAGGGAAGUGCAAUAUAUGCUUGAAAAUGAGAAAACGAGAACCUCAAUAGACUCCAUCGACUCAGGAGUGGAACUAACUACCUCACCGAAAAACGUGCCUAGUCAAGCUCCCACGGAGCAGGAAGCCAGGGCUGAACAGCAGCAGACCCUGGUGGCUGUCCCCAAGCACAGCCAGAAGAAAGCCCCGCUGUUAGACUUUUCCAUUCUGAAAGAGAAAAGCUUCAUCUGUUACGCGCUGUUUGGCCUCUUCGCCACGCUGGGCUUCUUCGCCCCUUCGCUGUACAUCAUCCCUCUGGGUAUCAGUCUAGGCAUUGACCGCGACCGCGCGGCGUUUCUCCUCUCUACCAUGGCCAUUGCUGAAGUGUUCGGAAGGAUCGGGGCCGGGUUUGUCCUCAACCGGGAGCCCAUCCGGAAGAUCUACAUUGAGCUCAUCUGCGUCAUUCUACUGACCGUGUCUCUUUUCGCCUUCACGUUUGCCACUGAAUUCUGGGGUCUCAUGCUGUGUAGCGUGUUUUUUGGCAUCAUGGUUGGGACCAUCGGAGGGACCCACAUCCCACUGUUGGCCGAGGAUGAUGUCGUUGGCAUUGAGAAGAUGUCCUCCGCGGCGGGAGUCUAUGUCUUCAUCCAGAGCGUUUCAGGGCUGGCAGGACCACCCUUGGCAGGCCUACUGGUCGACCAGAGCAAGAUCUACAGCAGGGCCUUCUACUCCUGCGCAGCAGGCAUGUCCGCGGCUGCUGUGUGCCUCGCCCUGGUGAGACCUUGUAAAAAGGGUCUGUGUCAGCAUCCUCAUUCAGGGGACAGCCAGCCAGACAGUCAUCACAGGAAGACGUUACAGGACAUUCCAGAAGACUUCCUCGAAAUGGAUCUUGGGAAAUGCGAGCACAGGGUUCAUAUGAAAAUGGAUCCAGUGUGACACAUUUUCAUGUCACAGCUUCUAUGUUGCCUGGGAAAAGAGCCCGUGGAGCAGGCGCCGACCACUGGACCCCACCUUCACAUUCCAGAAAGGGAAUGCAUGUGUGAGCAGCAGUACCAACAUCUUUUCCUUUAAGUCCCUUUUGCUUGCUCUUUAAGCCAAAACCAAAACAACCAAACACUUCCAUACAGGAACUCAGCCCUAUUCAGUAGCAAUACACAGAUAACGUGGAAGGAUGCUGGUUCACAUCCCAACACCAAAACUAUGCCAUGAAUUAAUUGGCAAACUGGUGUUAAACGUGUUCAUGUGUGUAAACUACUAUUUUAUAGAGCGACAUCCAGCCCGAGUCAUGGAAAUGAAUUGGCCAUUCCAAAAAGAAAAAACAAUCUUGAAUCAUUAAAUACGUUGCUAAUUUUCAGCAAUACAAACAAAUUAUUUUUUAAACAAUUUGAAAAAUUCUACUAAAGUUUAAAUUGACAAACGAUGGCUUCUGAGUUUCCUAAAUACUGCAUGGAAAGAAAGCAAUGCUUAAAAAAACUAAGCAUUUGAUUAAUAUGCAAAAAAUUAAAAACAUAUAACAACUUGAACUUCAAAGGUUACUACUUCUCUUUAUGACCAGCCAUUACCACAAGUAUUUCCAUAGAAAUGUUAAAUUGCAUUCAUGUUUCCUAUUGUUUUUCAUAAUUCAAGAAAUAAGUGACUGUAGUGUCUUUAAUUUAAAUCGAUAUUUAUUAUUAAGUUAUUCUAGGUUGAGUAGAAUGAUCAAAAGAAGGGCCGGUGAGAUGGCUCAGUGGGUGAAGGUAUUUGCAGCCAAGAUUUAUGACCUGAAUUCAAUCCACAUGGUAGAAAGAGAGUACCAACUUCGAAUCGUCCUCUGACCCCCACACACCUGCUAUGACAUACAUGCACCCACACAUGUAUACACACAAAAAAUUUAAACAUAAAAAAAUCUAAUAAUCAAAAUGAAUAAAAGGAUUUUUUUUUUCCUUUUGGUUUUAUGAGACAGGGUUUCUGGAACUCGCUUUGUGGACCACAGAGAUCUGCCUGCCCCUGCCUCCCGAGUGCUGGGACUAAAGGCGUGUGCCACCACCGCCUGGCUUACAGGAUUUUUUUUUUAUUAACCUCCCUUCUGCAGCUCUUUAGAGGCUUCAGAGAUCUUUUCUUGUCUCAUGACAUCAAUCUCCUGACAGCCCAAGCUGUAAUGAUUCUUCAGCAUUGUGAAAAGCAAUGUGUGCUAUUUAAGGGCGGGGGAGCUAAUGGAUGGCAAAUCGCCUCCGUUUUUAAAUGAUCACCUAAGAAUACUUGAGGAUCUUCUUUGGUCAGAAUUACAGUUCAAUGAAUUGUUAGAACAUUUCCAGUGGUUUUCUUUGUCGUCGUCGUUCAAUCUUUAACUGUGGAAGCAUUUCCCGGUUUCGUCUGCAGUCGGAGAAAUGUUUCCCUGACUGUCACGAGUUCCAAGUUGCAAUUUACAUCUUCCAUAGAACUUGAUUGUCCUACGUUGCCAUGGGUACCAGGUACCCCGGUCACUGCUGUUGGCAAGUUGGCGUGUUCUGCAUUCUAGCAGUUCUCUGUAAAGGGGGCAGGGCGAGGAUGAGAGGUGGACGGCAUCUCCCCGACUGGGUUGGCUGGUGCUUUGCUGCUCAAUAUUUCCUCAUCUUUACUGUUCAAGAGACAACUCAGGGGGAACACAGAACAAGCCUAGUUGGGUUACAGGUACACACAAGCUUGAAUCUUUCUCUGCACUAAGAUGAGAGUUGGCGUAGUUCGUCGCCACCGGCUACCUUUUAUACAGCAUCUUAUCAGCCAUAGACAUAGGACAAUCUGUAAAACUUUGGGGAGGGUGAGUGACUUGACAAAGUGUCUGUCCAAAAAAAAACGGACACACCUUACACAAGGUGGAUGUAGCAAAGUUCUGUGGGGCCGCCCCGAGAAGCGCCUUCAGCCUCGUGGGCAGUUUCGCAGACGUCCGUGACUUCAGCACUUUACGACCUAUUUUGUACUACGAAUGUUCAAUACGAUUUAAUAUUUAUAACUGAUUUCUGAGGGACCUACUCUUAAGUUUAUUCUGUUUACUGCAUGAGACAAGAAAAUGGAUGCCGAUUUCAGGAUGUCAGCAAUCGGGUGUAAAUGUUGGGAAGGGAAAAGAAAAAAAGAAAAACACAGAUCGCUGAUCCGUUCUGUGUGAGUCACAUUCCGGUACUUCUAGAUUUACAAUAAAUUUAUGGCUUUUUA